CAGAUUUGCGAAACAGUUCCUGAAAAGCCACUAACUCUCAGACUUCUUAGUUUAAAGGAAUGUUUAAUUGUUUCCAAUGUCUGCUGUGUUGCUUCUAAAUUUGUUGUUUCUCAUACAACCAGCUUUUCAAAUAUCAGAGCCUGACACUUUUCUGAUACACAAUGAACACCUCAAUCUUUGUAUACAAUCUCUAUCCAUUGAUCAACAACCUCUAUCUAUCAUCCUGAAGACCUGCAAUAAAGAUAAUGAGAGGCAAAAUUUUAAAUGGGUUUCUGAAUACCAGAUAUUGAACAUGGCAACAAAGUUGUGCCUGGCAGUGCCUUCAAAAACCAACCGGGUUCCAAUCACAUUCUCUCUGUGUAACACAACGAAUGAACUUCAGAGAUGGACCUGCAGGAAUGAGAGCUUUCUGGCACUUGGGGAGGAAAAUUUAUUUUUACAACCUGCUGGUGGUCAGAAUGACAAUGUGGUAUUAUAUGAAACAAUCACCAUGAUGAGCACCUGGAAGAUCUAUAGAACAAAAGAUAGUUUGUGUACCAUGGGCUAUGAAGCUUUGUUUACCUUAGAAGGCAAUGCCUUUGGAGCCCCCUGUGUAUUCCCAUUCAAGUAUCUGAAUAGGUGGUAUGCAAAGUGCAUAACAGACGAUGAAGACAAUUCACGACUCUGGUGUGGAACAACUGCAGAUGUAGAUAAAGACUCUCUAACUGGAUAUUGUCCGGUGAAAGGUGACCAUGAUGAAUUCCUCUGGACUAAAAACCAUUGGACAGGAGACUUCUACCAGAUCAACUCCCAUUCAGCUCUGACAUGGUUCCAAGCCAGAAAAAGUUGUCAGCAACAGAAUGCAGAAUUACUGAGCAUCAAUGAGCUACAUGAACAAACAUACCUGACAGGAUUAACAAGUGAUAUCAACACUGAUUACUGGAUAGGGCUGAACAGUUUGGAUCUUGACAGUGGAUGGGAAUGGGCUGGUAACCAUCCUUUCCGAUAUUUAAACUGGGCUUCAGGUAGUCCAUCUCCAGAAUCAGAAAAACUAUGUGGAUCAAUGCAGUCUAAGAAUGGUAACUGGGCAAACUACAAAUGUGAUCAGAAACUUGGAUACAUUUGCAAAAAAGAAAACUCUUCAUCUGAUUCUUCAGUUAUUCCUGCAGAUGGUUUUAAGACAAUUCAAUGUCAAGGUGGCUGGACAGCCUAUGCAGGCUACUGUUACUAUCUUAACAGAGCACUUAAGCCCUGGAGGGAUGCAUUAUCCUCUUGUAGAAAGGCAGAUGGAGAUUUAAUUAGUAUACACAACUCUGAAGAAUACAGUUUUGUGAUUUCUCAGCUUGGUUACAAACCAACAGACCUUCUGUGGAUUGGACUGAAUGACCAGAGGACUGCAAUGUAUUUUGAAUGGAGUGAUGGUACUCCAGUAAGAUUUACGAAGUGGCAGCGGGGAGAACCCACACACGAGAAUAAUGUGCAAGAGGACUGUGUUAUUAUGAAUGGAGAGAAUGGAUACUGGCAAGAUUAUUUCUGUGAAGAACAACUGGGUUUUAUCUGUAAAAGAAAACCUUUGGCAUCAGAGGUUUCUGAAGAAGUUGAAACAGUUGAUCCAAAAUGUCAGAAAGGCUGGAAAAGGCAUGGUUUAUAUUGUUACUUCAUUGGACAGACCAUUAAAACUUUUUCAGAAGCAAAGACGUUCUGUGAAGCAGCCAAGGGAUUUCUGACUUCUGUGGUGGACAGAUAUGAACAGGCCUAUUUAACUAGUCUAGUUGGCCUGCGUUCUGAAAGGUAUUUCUGGAUAGGUCUCUCAGAUGUAGAGCAACCAGGGAUAUUCAACUGGACCAAUGGAGAUAACAUGUCAUUCACCCACUGGAAUUCAGAAAUGCCUGGGCAAAGUCCUGGCUGCGUGGCCAUGAGAACAGGAACGGCAGCUGGAUUAUGGGAUGUUGUGGACUGCAAGGAGAAGGCAGUUUUCCUCUGCAAACAAUGGGCAGAAGGUGUGACACCUCCUCCUGUCCCACCAGUAACUGUCCCACCCCCGUGUCCAGAUGGAUGGACCCCAAGCCCAACUAGGAGUGUGUGCUUCAAAGCAUUUAUUGGUGAAAAAUAUCAAAAGAAGACAUGGUUUGAAGCUCAAGAUUUUUGUAAAGAAAUUGGAGGAGACCUGCCUUCUAUCCACAAUCAGGAAGAGCAAAAAGUGAUGAGGAACAUAGAUAUUUUAAGUGAUCACAGGACUCCUAAUUACUGGAUUGGUUUAAAUAAGUUAGAUCCUGAGAAUGGAUGGGUUUGGAGUGAUAAAUCCCCUGUAGACUAUACUAAUGGUAUCUAUGGGGUAUUCUUUAUUGAAAGCACUGAAAGUGAAUGCAAACUAUUUAUAACCUAUCAUGGAGGAUGGCGCGCUGUCUUAUGUUAUCGUUUGAAUGCGUGGAUUUGCCAAAUAAAAAGAGGUAUAUCCUUAAAACCGGAACCAAAGAAUACUUUUGAAUAUUCUUUCAAAAUUGUUGAAGAUGGCUGGGUUGCAUAUGAAAGCAAUGAGUAUUAUUUCAGUAAUUUCUCCUUGCCUGCAGAAAAGGCUCAAGCAUUCUGCAAGACACAUGGUGGUCAACUCACAAUCAUUGGGAAUGAAAAUGAAAGAACGUUUUUGUGGAAAUAUGCCUACCACUACCCACCACCACCAUCUCUGGAACGAUACAUGGCAGCAGAUCAACAUACCUCUUACAUUGGCUUAAUUAUGGGCUUGGAUGGAAAGUUUGGUUGGAUAGAUGGAUCUCCGGUGACAUAUGCAGCCUGGGGCCCUAAUGAACCCAACUUGGCAAAUGAAGAUGAACAUUGUGUGAUUAUGUACAUUAGUACAGGCUUAUGGAACGAUAUAAACUGUGGUGCAGAGAGUGGCUUCAUCUGUGAGAGGCACAAUCGUUCUGUUGCUUCAACUGUUGUUCCCACAUCACCUGAGCCUCUUGGAGGGUGUGCAGAAGGCUGGCAUUUGUUUAAUAACAAGUGCUUCCGAAUAUUUGGUUUUCAUAACGAAGAAAGGAAAAACUGGGCCGCUGCACGCACCCAUUGCAAAUCCCAAGGAGGAAACCUGGCCUCUAUACCAAACAAAGCUGUUCAAGCUUUCCUUAUAUUGCUUUUGAAAAGCAUUUCAACUGAACUCUGGAUUGGACUGAAUGAUAUUAAUGCAGAGCGUAGUUUCCUAUGGACAGAUGGAAGUGGUGUCUACUAUACAAACUGGAACAACAAUUUUCCAAGGUCUGAUGGUGAUUGUGUUUUUAUGAUGAAAAGGCCUGAAAAAAUGGUAGGAAAUUGGAGAGAUGGAAAAUGUUAUAAGAAGAAAGGCUAUGUCUGUCAAAGGAAAACUGAUACUAUGUUACCUCUCCCCGAAACAACACUUCCGCCCUCUGGAUAUAGAGUUUAUGACAAUAGUAGCUAUUCGGUUGUUAGUCCCAAAAUGACAUGGGAAGAAGCAAGACAAAAAUGUCAAUCUGAAAAAUCAGAACUUGCCAGCAUAUUAAAUCCUUAUAUCCAGUCAUUCUUAUGGCUACAAGUGUUAAAAUAUAAGGAGCCUGUGUGGAUUGGUCUAAACAGCAAGCUGACCAAUGAUCAAUACAAAUGGAUAAACGGCUGGAGACUGAAAUAUACCAACUGGGCUGCCGAAGAGCCAAAAGAGAAAAUUGCCUGUGUCUACUUGGACAUCGAUGGUCACUGGAAAACAGGCACUUGCAAUGAAACAUAUUUUUCUGUCUGUGAGAAGUAUCAUGGUAUACUUCCAACAGAGGCUCCUGAAACCCCAGGAAGAUGUCCUGAAUCAAAAGAAUCCCACAGAUCUUGGAUUCCUUUUCGGGCUCAUUGCUAUUACAUAGAGUCAAUCCGUACAACUUGGGCUGAGGCAGCCAUGAGAUGUAGUUUUUUAGGUGGCACUUUGGCUUCCAUAGAAAAUGCAGCUGAAAUGAAUUUUUUGCUGGAACACACCGAAUUUCUCUCUACUACGACCUUUUGGAUAGGGUUAUUUAAAAAUGUGGAUGGAGAAUGGAUUUGGCUAGAUAACACCGAAUUGGAUUUUGUAAACUGGAAAAAUGGACCACCUAGGCCGGAAAUUUCAGUCUUCUCUAGUUAUCUGGAAGGCGAAUAUACUUUUUUUCUGGAUCAAUGCAUUUUUAUGAGUAGCUACAAUGGAGAAUGGGAUGGUGAAGGCUGCAAGUAUGAAGAGAAGGGAUUUAUCUGUAAAAUACCAAAGAUUCUUAGUGAACCAACUAACCAGCCUAUAAAAAAUAAAGAACAAUCAGAGGUUCCUGCACAACCACAUGGCACAACUGUGAUAGUUGUUUUCCUAGUUAUGCUGAUCCUCGCUGGUGCAGGCAUUGCAGCCUAUAUUUUCUACAAAAGACAAAGAAAACAACAACAAAAUGCUGCUGGGUUUGACAACGCCUUGGAUGAGGACAAUGUGAUUAUCCUCCAGAAUGACAAAGAAUGAUUUGUAAACACAAAGCAUGAGAUUAACAAGUCUUUGCUGCAAUCCCAUUGAACACAGUAGGAUUGAUAUCUAAAUAAAAAAUUGCACUGUUUAUGAAUUCAUAUAAGUAACCAUUUGGAAAAUACUCAGUUUAAGCAGUAACUCUCUUCAACAGGAUGGGGAAUUGUUGGGAAUUACAAGAAUUUCGGUACCUACCCAAGGUGCUGAAGAGCCAUAUUAUCAUCUCGUGGGGGGAGGGGUAUGUGUGUAUAUAUGUAAAAACAUUUCAUCUAAAACUCAUCAUAGCUCUUCAAAGUCUCUGGGACCACACUAUUGAUGAUUUCUCUGCAUUAGGUUUCCCUUUUGCACUUCUAUCAAAAUGGGAAGAACCUGGAUUUGGGUGGGGUUUUUUGCCUCCAGUGCUGAAGGUCAUGAAGUCCCUAGGAUUGCUGAAAAUCAGCCUUAGGUUGUAU